GGGUCCCGCACGUGUUUCAGACCUAACAACCGGGAGACGAAAGACGACUUCGUGCCGAAAAUAGAGCCCAUGCUCUUGCAGCAGCUAGGGAGGCAGCAAACGCCGCAGCUAGGGAACAGGCUGCAGCAGCAGCCAGGGCAGCAGCAAUGGCUACCGCAGCAGCAUCCUCUGCUGCAUCCUCGUCUGGGACCCUGUUGGGAAUGCCUACAGGGCCCACGGGCACUUCCGGGUCAGUAGGUUCUAGUCAGACCACAAGUCAAAUGGCGGGCUCGCAGUUAAGCCCGUUGACCCCACGCGGCAGGGAGCUCCUAGAGCUCCAACAGGUCGAAAGGAUCAGUGCUUGGUUGGAGAGGGAACUGAAGCAAGCUACCGACAGAGAAAAGGAGAUUAAAAAUAGAACAGCCAAGCUUGAUACGUUAGAGGCAGACAAAGCUGCGCUAGAGGGUWUWGAUGAGUCACCCACGUCUGACCAGAUGAAAGUGUUGAARAAYAGUGUAYUGUYGCUSMAUGCGCAUGUGGACAGCAGACUGGACUUCAUGCAGAACUCYUUSGACCAGAUCUUGGACCUUUUACAAAGGCCAGGAUUUCGGUCAGCAGCACAGUCGCCGUUGCCGUUAACGACGAUGUCCGGCCCCUUUCCGGUACAAGCUGGCACACAGCCAAGUGGUACGUCUGCAGCAGCCGCACAGACUGUUGCUUCUUCUUCUUCUGGGUCAGCGGUGGUAGCUACACCAUCACCGCAACAACCUGUACCUCAACAAGGACAGCAGCAAGGUCAUUGGUACCCAAAGACCCCUAUGAAACCACCCCUUGCCUUCUCAGGAGAGAAGAAGGACGAGGAACUCAACACAUGGUUGAGAACGGUUCCAGUAUGGGUAAAGGCAAAGAGGACGUUGCAGGAGGAGGAGGUGAUUACUGCUGCAUCUUACCUUGAGGGUAAGGCAGCCAAAUGGCUGGAUGGAUUAGUAGCAAAGGCCGGCGAGGCUCGCCUCGAGUAUCAUUCGUUUGAGACCUUCUCUAGAAAGGCCUUAGAUCUAGAGGCUACUCUAGGAAGUGCUCAACCGACUCCAGUAGACGUGAGGAAGAAGAAGGGUCCACAGGAAUGGAAGAAGAAGGGUCCACAGGAAUGGAAGAAGAAGGGGAGUAAAUUGAUGAUGGUUGAGUCCGAUGGGACUCAAACUGAGAUCGAAGAGCUCACAGACCUGUUGGAUAGUUCAGAGUACGACGGCGAGGAGAUCGCUGAGGGUCACACCCUCGCCGCAGUAGUAAAGACUAAGACAGGUGGCCGAGGGAAGGGCCAUCAAAAGAGUCAAGGGUUGGCCGCCUCCAAUCAGGCCAAAUUCGCUGAUUGGGUCAAGGCAGGUCUUGAUCAGGAAGUGUGGCGGGACCGUAGAGUGCGUGGUGCUUGCAUCACCUGUGGUAUUAGGCCGGAAGAUGCGAAGGUGGAUAGUAUCAGGGACUGGCCACGACCUCAGACUGUUACUGAGGUCAGAUCUUUCUUAGGAAUGUGCGGCUACUAUAGGAACUUCCUAAAGAACUAUUCUACAGUCGCCUCUCCUUUCACUGAUCUAACUCGACUUGAGACACCGUGGGAGUGGAGUGAUGAGUGCGAGGCUGCUUUCAAACGAUUGAAGCAUGCACUCAUGAAUCAUGAGGUUCUCAUGGUGUCCGAUCCUCAGAAGCCUUUCAUUGUAACUACUGACGCAAGCCAAUACGGCAUUAGCGUAGUGCUGGCUCAACAGGAUGGGAAGAAGUUGAGGCCGAUUGAGUACAUGAGCAAGAAAAUGACAUCAAAGAAACUGGCAAAGUCCACCUAUGAAAGGGAACUCUAUGCUCUCUACAAAGCACUUGUCCAUUGGAGGCACUUUCUAUUGGGACGGUUCUUCUAUUUGAGAACUGACCAUCAGACCCUCAAAUGGAUCAAGACUCAACCGGCUCUCUCUGAUGCACUCAAGCGAUGGAUUGAAGUCAUAGAUCAAUAUGACUUCAAGCUAGAGUAUCUGAAGGGAGAGUAUAACAAGGUUGCAGAUGCGCUAUCACGUAGGGCAGAUUACCUAGGGGCGCUAGUUUAUGAGUUUGGUGUAUCUGAGGAACUAACUCAAUCGCUGGUGGGAGCCUAUCAGGAAGACCCUGUCACGAUGGACAUCAUACGCAAGCUUCAGGCAAAAGAAAAGGCCACAGAAAAUGAGUUUGUGAUAGUGGACAGGCUUCUCUUUCUUGAUAAGGCCGGAUUUAAAAGCAUGGCGGUCAUCACAUCUGACCAAUGGCAGGCCAUGCUGGACGCAGCAGACGAGAGCCAGAAACCAUUCUUUCAAAAAUUGUACGAUGAUGCCGUGCAGAGGGAAAGGGAGGCAGCGGCAGCAGCUAGAGCUGCCGACAUUGCUGAUCAGGUGGCUCUCCUUCGGAUCCCGGAAGCCGAUGCUGACCGGUUCCAGGAGGAACUAGCUGCUGCUGUCGCAGCCUUGGUUCGACUGCGGAGUUUGGAAGAUCUCGAGGCCCGCGUAACAGCGUUGGAGCAGCGGAACCAAGAGCUGCAGGCUGAGAUAACCAGCCUAAAACAGUCCCAAUUGUCUGCCCCCCGCCCUCCUAACCCUCGGUCUGCUGUAGUCCCGGUCUCUCAAUCAAACACARCCCUUAUAGUAAGAUCAAGUGGAACCGUGGCGAGCGCAGGAACCGGCGCCAGCUCCUCGAGCGGCAGCACCGGCAGUUUUGCGCUGGUCAUGGUCCCGAAUGCAGGGACUUCAGCCCAAAACGCCACAGCCCUUACUGGCGUUCAGUACAACGGUCCCAUGGUGGAUAAGCGGGCGGCCACGCUGCCGUCCAAGUAUGACGGGAAGGCAGACAUCACCUCUUGGAUUAGUUCCAUGCGGUCGUACUUCGAGGUCAUGCGGACACCGCAAGAGGACCGAAGUAUGAUCAUGGGGACUAAUACUGAGCCACCGUACGAAACCACAUUAAGCUCCAAGCUGUCGCAGCAGGCUAUGAACGCAAGGGGCGUAGAGGAGACAUUUGCACUCUCUACAACAAGAGAAGCUAAGCAGUCGGCUGCAAGCCCCUCUGACGAGCCUGGAUCUGAUCAGCAGCUUGCUCUUGAAGCCCGCAGCAAUGCUGAAUCCAAGGCUGGUGCAGUCCGUGUAUUAUACACUGAGCCUUGGGAGGAGUCUAAUGAAGUUGACUUCCACGCCCACAUGGAGCACUGGCUGCAGCUCAAGCAGCAACGCCGUGUCCAGGGGGGCGGGAAGCUGACCUUCUUUAAACUGCUCAUUAACCGCCGAUACAUCCGCGUGCUGAUUGACAGUGGUUCCACCACUAAUUUCUUCUCUCCGAACGGGAUUCGUAAGGCGGGACUGGGUAUGAAGCAAGUGGAACUGCAGAACCCUUGCCGGACUCAGGUGGGCAACCAAGAGGUUGUCACUUCUACUCAUGUUGUCAAAGGUGUGCGCAUCACCUUUGACAAAGAUCGCACUGUCACAUAUGAGCUGAAUUUUUACGUCCUGGACAAGUGUCCUUUCGACAAGCUCAUUGCUCAAGGACCACGUGGGCAGACAACCAGUUUGUGGUACUUGACGCCUAGGGGAACGAGCUGUGAGACUGCGUUCCAAGCCUUGAAAGAGGCUUUGGUGAGUCAUCCUGUGCUCCGCAUUGCGGAUCCCAACCUCACGUUCGUAGUCACUACGGACGCGAGUCAGUUUGGGAUUGGUACAGUGCUGCAACAAGAUGAUGGCGAUGGUCUGCGUCCGCUCGAAUAUUACAGCAAACGCAUGCCCAGCCACAAGGUAGCUACUUCCACAUAUAUGCGCGAGCUUUAUGCCCUGCGCAAGCCCUCGCACAUUGGAAGCACUACCUCUUGGGUCGCCACUUCAAGGUCUACUCUGAUCAUCAGACCCUGCAGUGGCUCUCCUACGUUGACCCGCUGGCUGCAUGACAUUGAUGUUUACAGUUUUGAGUUGAAGCAUAAGAAAGGCUGUUAUAAUCGUGUUGCUGAUGCUCUAUCGCGCCAUCCUGAGUAUUUGACUUGCCUGGUGGAAUUGUACGACCUCCGCAGGAAACUGAAGGAGGAUCUGAUCGAACACACCGCCAAGGAUCCGGACCUUAGUCCCAUCCUUGAGCAGCUCAAGGCUGACCCCAACAGCCAGCCUGAUUUUCAUGAAUGCGAUGGUCUUGUAUUCCGCCGGUACGGGAAAUUUGAUCGCUUGUGUGUUCCUAACCAUGCGCCUCUCCGGACUCAUUUCCUGGAUUUGGCACAUGGUUGGAGUGGGCAUUUCGGCUUUGAGAAGACUUAUGGGAGUCUUCUCCAGCAGUUUGAUUGGCCGGGGAUGAAGGGAUCUACUCAGAAAUUUAUUGCUGAGUGUCAAGUUUGUCAGAGAACCAAGGUCCACAGGCAUAAGCCUUAUGGCCUGCUGAGACCUCCCCCAAUCCCUGAUGGCCUCAGGGAAUCGGUCUCCAUCGAUUCCACGGACAUGGGGAAGGUGAGUACGGCAGGGAAUUCACAAGUCAUGGUCAUUGUGGAUCGCUUCUCUAAAUUUCUGAAUCUGAUUCCUCUACCUCCUCAUGCACCGACUGAACUGGUCAUCGAAGAGUUUCACCAGCAGUACAUUCUGCAGUAUGGGCCCCCGAAAACUCUUGUUAGUGAUCGGGAUGCCAGAUUCAUCAGCAAGGAUUGGAAGGACUUCACUGCCUAGAUCUAUGACAUCAAAUUGAACAUGACUUCUGGUUGACACCCCGAAGCCAAUGGAUUGGCUGAGGAAAUCAACCAGACCGUCACCC